GCAAGCUGCCACUGAAAGGAAUUGUGAUUCAAAGGAUUUUAAGGACAAACUUUCAUGAAGAAGCUAGAGGAACACAACUCCUAUGGUGCGUAAACAAGAACUUUUUCACACACCAAGUUGAUGUUUUUUGACAGACACUUUUAAAGCUUCAGUCGAUUGAAUUGAUCAAAAAAGGAACACUGUACUUCCAUCAGUAUGGGCUGCUCUCCAUCUAAAGGUCAGCUCUUUAGUAAAAAAGCUCUGCUCUCCGGACUUCAAGAAGGCAAUGCUGAACUGCUCUCUGAUGGGACAGAACUUCAAGUCAAAACAGAGAAAAACACGGCUUCAGAAGGACUAGCAACAUCAGAGAUACAAGACAAUACUAUUAGCGUACAAGGUAAGAGAUCCUCAAUAGAUGAUGAUGUCUGUGAUGCCACUGUGGUAGUCAAAGAAGAUGGUAGUGAAGAAGAUGCUGUCCCCCAGAGGAGAGCUUCUCAGGAUGGACAGAUUACAGAAGAACGGAACAAGCAAGAAGGGACAGAAGAAAUAAAUACUAAAGAUAAGCAAGGAAAAUGGACAAAGCAAAGAAAACAGAAGCUGAGAAAAUCUUCCUAUGUGCAGUCAAAAGCAGAGUUCAUAUUAAAAGCACACCAGGCCACCUAUGCUUAUCUGAACCCCAGAAUAUCCAAAUACGAGUCUCUUUUAGGGCUGUUGGACCAGGCAGCUCAGAGCCGCCUUUCUUUACAGACAGCAGUAGCUUCAGUAGUCUUGCACUAUGAGGAGAUCAACCAGGCGUUAGAGGAAAUGGCCACUGAAGGUGAGCAGAUGCUGAGGGAACAUGGACACCACAUGACUUGGCCUGCUUCACUCAAAGAUUAUCCCCCCACAACAACCAUACCCAGCAAUGGACUGAACUUUUCCGAGCUUCCUUCUGAACUACUACAGCAAAUGCUUCUUCACUCUACAGUGAAAAUGAUCUCAGUGGGAGAUUCUGUGAAAUGUCUGGGUGACUCAUCCUUACAGGAACUAGCUGACUACUUUGGGUCCCUGUCCCAGCUGUUAGGAGAGAAGACACUGGCCAAGCAUGCGGCAGAGGGGCGCUUGAAGCAGGUCUUGGCUCAUGUGGAAGCAGCUGCUCUCAGGAAACCCUGUCUAGAGGAUUCUGCCCUGCACAGUGAGGACAGUGGCAUAGGUGCAGACAAUGAGAGUCAUAAUGGCACAGAACGCCUUCUUCGCCAUCGAGGAAGCUCUGGAUCAGGAGCAAACGCUGGCACAGUGUCCGUCAGUACCACCAGUAGCUCUCCUGACCAGCAGCUUCUUAAUGGCAGUGAGGAAGUAACAGAUAAUGAUGACAAUGAUGAUGAUAAAGAUGAUGAUGUUGAUGAUGCAGAAAUUGAAGAUGAUGUCAGUGCCAUAAAUGAGCACAGAAGAUUGACCGACAAGACAAGGGGGACAAUUUGUGCUUCAUUUGAAGCAGACUCCAGCCAUCCUCAUGUUCUUGAUUGUCUUCAAAACCAUGACCAAGCCAACGGUAACUUAAAAAUGAAAAUCAGACGGCCAAAAACUGCAGACAAUACCUGUCAUGUGAAGCUCAAACACCGCCAUUUAAGGGGACCAAAUCGUUCACAAUCCACAGAGUGUUUGCAUACCAAAGUGCAGGAGUCAGUUCUUAAUGAGCAACAGAGAAGCCUCAGGGACAAUCAAACACCUAGCUGGAGGGCUAAAAAUUGGCCUGGAGAACUUGUACUUGGAGGUCGUGUCUGCACAAAGAUCAGAAGACAUUUAUCUGGAGGACAAAGUGCAGCCAGGUUCUACGGUCUCCAGUAUGGUAGCAAAGGGCCUUUUAAGGCAUUGCCACCACCUAGCUCUCCUGCAUCAUUUACGCCAGAACCACCAGGCCGAAAUGCUGUCAAGAGGCUUAUUAAUACUUUUAGUCAAGGGGCGGAAGACAAUUCAAGUCAAAGUUAUUUAUACCAUAGACCAAUAAAACUUAGGGGCAACAAGAAAUGCAGUCUUCCACGGUUGUUGAACAGCAGAGGAGCACUUACCACAUCCACUAGCAUAAAUCCACUUGAUCCCAGACUACUAGAAAGACCAGAACACCUAGAUAUAGACAGCCUUCCCCCUCCACCCCCAGAGAUGCUGAUGGACAACUCAUAUGAGACCAGUGUAGGGUUGCCUGGUGUGGAAGGGGACAAUGAUUUACAGUGCAGAGGGCAACAACUCCGCAAUUCAAUGCAAAGAGAGACUGUGCUCCCCAACAGGGCAAACAUGCAACGAGGCUCCAUGAGUUUCUCAGAUACUCGAUAUGUAAGGCAAGAUGCUUUGGUGGGUGCCUGCAUUAAAAUGGAUUUUGAAAGAGAGGUAGCAGCCCCCCUCGACCAUUUAAGAAAGGCUGUUCAUCUGCCUCACUCUGCCGAGUCUUCUGCCAAAACAGGAGUGGCAAAUGGAGGUACCCACAGAUCUUCACCACAUCAAGGAUGUGAUAAACACUUUGAGGGCGAGGCUGCAACUCCACACCCACCAACAACUCCGCCCGUCUCCAGAACACGGCUUCCACCCUCCUGUCCCACUGUGUACCAUGCAGUGCCAAGUCCUCCAUCUACAGCCUGCCCCCCUAGUGGGAAGCAGGCUCCAUCCACAACACCAACCACCUCUUGUAUUCAAAGAUGGGCCAUGGCAGAAGAAAAUAUCCAUUCUGCUUCUAGUACACAAUCAUUUUUUGAAGCUCGUGCCGUGUUCUGUCAGGACAACCAAUCAAACAAUACAUGGAGACCUACAUGUACUUCUACAUUACCACGGCCAUGGGGAGAACCUGCCAGAGGUAGACUACCAACUGCUCGUCUUAAACAAUCUUUUGUGAGACGCAGUCCCUCGGAUCAUAGAUCAUCCCACAGUGAGCAGCCACAGUCAUCCCCUAAUGCCAAACAACAGGAUCAGGGCAGUGACGUCACAGCUUUGACCAGUGAGGGGACAGUCAUGGCCUCCAUAACACCAGAAGACAACAGUUCAGACACAGAGCCAUACGCUGUUAAUCUGAGCACACACAGCAUGUUAGUGGGUGAAGAGAUUACAGAUUAGCUGGAUUAAGGCCUUUUCUCUUUUCUCAGAUCUCUUUCAGGGAUAUAUUGGGAAACAUGUCCAAAUAAAUGUCAACAACACAAUACUUAAAAGCUUAGAGCUUAGAAGGGGAAAAAGCUGUCUGUUUCUGUUUGUUACUGUAUUAAUCUCUUAUUCUAUUUAUGUUCAUGUUUAAUUUUCUAUCUAAUCCUUAUUUGUAGUGGAUCUAAAACCAAAGAAAUUAUGAGUUAAAUUCUGAAACAUCACAUAUUAGUGUUCUUCUUAUUACCAGUAAUAAAUUGAAUUGAAAUCAUAUUUACUCAAGGGUCACAAAACAAUAGCCCUUCUGAUAUUUACAGUAUAUAGAAAUAUGUAAUUUCAUAUAAACAAAUCAUUAUUUCAGAUUUUUUGCCAUUAAAGAAAUAUUUGGGUUCAAGACAAGUUAAGUUCAAUCGACAGUAUGUGUCAUUAUGUUGAUUACCACAAAAAAUGAUUUCAACUCAAAGCACAAAUGUGUGUUCCAGUGAGACACUUACAAUGGAAGUGAAUGGGGUCAAUUUUUAGAGGGUUUAAAGUCAGAAAUGUGAAGCUUAUAAUUUUAUAAAAUCACUUACAUUAAUUAUUCUGUUAAAACUUGUGUAUUAUUUGAGCUGUAACAUUUGUUUUAGGGUUUAUGGCGUUACAUCAUCAUGGCAAUGAGGUUAAAAAAUUGUCUCUAACUUUCCACAGAUGUGGUUAGUAAGUGAUUUUAUCACACUAAAAUCAUGUUAACACACAUAUUGUUUAUGUCUUGUGUCUAUACUUUUGAAACAGUGAGUAUUUUAAUGUUUACAGAUUGACCCCAUUGACUUCCAUUGUAAGUGUCUCACUGGAACACAUAUUUGUGCUUUUUAAAGAAAAGGAGGAACGAGGCAAAAUUAAUUUUUGUGGUUAUCAAUAUUAUGACACAAAUGCUGCUGAUUGAGCUUCACUUGUAUUGAACCCGGAGUAUUCCUUUGAUAUGUCUCAUUCAUACAGAUAAAUUAUUACUUUGUAAAAAAAAAAAAAAAAAAAAGUCAUAUUAGCAUGUGUAUAUUUGUGUAAAAAGUCUGUGGUCCCUUCAGAUUUCUGCAUGAUUGUAAAAUGUGAUGUGAUUGUAAUAAUAAAGAGGUCUUAAACACGC